GGCUCGCCAUCUUUGAUGAGGUUCUUUCACUCAUUCGCUGUGUGGACACGGACUAAGCGACCUAAAUCAGUGUUGAAGGCGAUAGUGACAUCUCCAACGUGGUUGAUCGAGUGCACGCCAUCAAAGUAAGAGCUACACUUCCCAUUCAGAGGCAAGCACCUCAUCCCUCCAUCAGCAGCCAUGGCAGACGAAGCCGACAUGCGCAAUGAGCUGUCAGACAUGCAGGCCAGGGCUGAUCAGCUGGGUGAUGAGUCUUUGGAGAGUACUCGGCGUAUGCUGCAGUUGGUGGAAGAGAGUAAAGAUGCUGGUAUCAGAACUUUGGUUAUGCUGGAUGAACAGGGAGAACAACUGGAGCGUAUCGAAGAGGGAAUGGAUCAAAUCAAUAAGGACAUGAAAGAAGCAGAAAAGAAUUUGACGGAUCUAGGAAAUCUCUGUGGUCUAUGUCCAUGUCCAUGUAACAAGCUGAAAGGUGGUGGACAGUCCUGGGGUAAUAACCAGGAUGGAGUGGUGUCCAGUCAGCCGGCCCGUGUGGUCGAUGAACGUGAGCAGAUGGCCAUUAGUGGAGGAUUUAUCCGCAGGGUAACAAAUGACGCACGGGAGAAUGAAAUGGAUGAGAAUCUGGAACAGGUGGGAGGUAUCAUUGGUAACCUACGCCACAUGGCCCUCGACAUGGGCAAUGAGAUCGACACCCAGAACCGUCAAAUCGACAGGAUUAUGGAUAUGGCUGAUUCCAACAAAACCAGGAUCGACGAAGCCAACCAACGUGCCACAAAGAUGUUGGGAAGUGGCUAAAUCUCUGCGAAAAUGCUUUGACCCCUUCCCCCCGCUGUACCUGCAACAGUGCACAUGUGCUAUUACCAUGAUACCCACCCAGCCGGUUCGCACACAUGCACUUAUUACCCUCUUAAUACUCUAUCUAGAAAGUGUUGUUCUGUGUCUGUCUUAACUGAUAGUCUAGUAAAUGGUCACAUUUACUCUGUAUCUUUCUCUCCAAUGGUUAAAUGUACAGUACAUAGUGCAUAUGUGAUGGCUAGAACUCACGUGUGUUGUUUUGGACAAAAAGUUUUUUUUUUGUUGGUUUCUUUGUUUUUUUUAAAGUGUUUAUUUAUUAUAUACAUAUAUAUAUACACACACACACACACACACACACACAUUUUUUGGAUGACAUUUCUUAAAGGUUUUCAGUCAUCUAUGUAACCAUGCUCCGUGUUUUACUCAGUAUAAGCCAUGCUUCAUAUUUUGAUCUAGAGAUGGGAGAAGUAUUAGACAGCGAGAGGCAGGAGAUCACAUGACCGAUGCUUAUCUUAGCCUGCCAUGUUGUAAUCCAUUGCCAUUAGACAGUGUGCAGUACCGAUUAUUCCACCUAAAGUGGUCAUAAAUGUAUAUGCCGUGUCACUUUCACUUAUUAUUACCCAAGUCGUUCACGAUGUGUAGACGUUGCUGUACAGCAUGGGCAUGGUCCGUACAUGCAUUCAGUUCGAAGUAACAUCACAAUAGUGCCACACAUUUUAUUUAUGUACAUCUGCAAAAUGUCUUUGUUAAAUCUAAACUAUAAGAAAAUGCCAAUAAAAACUAAA